AUUAACUACAAAGCAUUUUUAUUUUAUUUUGAGAAAAAACGAGUGGUAAAAUUGAUUGACCUUGGGUGUAUAAACGGUCUAGUACCGGUUGACUUCAAACCUAUGUUUUAUUCAUGGUCGUAUGAACUUCAUACGAAUAAUUCAAUGCACCAAAUAUGCCAGUUAGUUUUCGUUCUCCGACGUGAUAAAAAGUGCAUAAUAUUUUCAUAUUUACAGUCGCUGUUGUUGUUUACAUAGGUUUAUGGAAUUUUGUUUUAAUUCUUAAAUUAUGGCGCCGAGAACUAGUAGUUGGUCUGUAUGGAGUGGUAUAUUGAGUACAGACAAAAAUAUAAAAUCGGCUGACGAUUGGAUUGGAGCACGCCGAAAGGAAGACGGCGCAGACGAGUUGUGGAGAAUUCACGAUGGGUUGUAUAAUCUUGAACAAUGGAUUCACAAGCACCCUGGAGGAUCACAGUGGUUGGAAAUUACAAAAGGUACCGAUAUCACAGAGUUAUUUGAAUCACACCAUAUAAAUGGCAAAGCUGCAGCGGCGGCGAUGAACAAAUUCUAUGUGCGACAGGCAAAGUCGCCCAGGAAAUCGCCUUUCACGUUUAAGCCAGACGGAUUUUAUAACGUGUUGAAGUCUAGAGUCACAAAGAAGUUGUCUUACGUGGACAGCAAUAAUUACCACAUAAAGUCUAUGCUGGUCGUCGAUACAUAUUUUCUCCUAGCACUGGCUUUGUGCGUCGGAGUGGCUCAAACAGAAAACCUUUUCCUAGCAUUGUUGGCUGGCAUUAUAUUAGCACUAGGGACCGUUGCAGCCCACAAUUUCACGCACCUUAAGGACAACUGGAGGAUGUAUUACGUGCAAUUGGUUCUAUUGUCUGUACGUGAAUGGAGAAUAUCGCAUAUACUUAGUCAUCAUAUAUACACAAACACCGUACAAGACUUAGAGAUGUCACUGUUGUAUCCGUUUAUCCAUUGGUUUCCGACUAACGACAAACCGUUUACUGUUCGUUUAUUCCCUUAUCUUACGCCCGUUAUAUACCCUUUUAUUAUACCUGGACAAUUGGUCAUUAGAACUUUCAAGUGCAAUAAUGACAAAGCUGAUCUUCUAAUGUUUGUUAUACCUGCAAUAUUGAUGUUUUGUGGCCAAAUGACCUUAAGUUCUAUAAUUAUCGCUUGGCUUAUCGUAGUUCUGACAAGUAGUUUUAUGUUUACAUUCAUUGGGUUUAGUGCUUCUCAUCAUUUUCCGGACAACUUUCAUGAUGGAGACUAUGUCAAUGAUGAAUAUAUCGAUUGGGGAAUACAUCAAAUGAUAACCAGCGCAGAACGAAACGAACCGAUCAAUAAUAUAUUUUUAACAAUAGCUACAUUUGGCGAUCAUACAUUACACCAUUUGUUUCCAGCUUUAGAUCAUAGUUUAAUUCCAUUAUUAAAAGACACUUACGAGGAUACAUGCAAAGAAUUUGGUUUGGACCUAACGCCAAAAUCAUUUACAACGAUAAUGCGCGGACAGUUUAAACAAUUAGUUCGCGUUACUCCUAAUAAUCCGAAAAAGAAUAAUAUCGAACCUGAAACUAAGCUAGAUAAUAAUAUCUAAAUAUUUUACAUUGAAAUUUGAGUGCAUAUUAUUAUUUAUUUAUAAUGUAUGACGAAUACUUAAAAAAAAAAAUAAGAUACAAGACACAGAUAUAUUUCAUACCAACUGGUUUAUAAUAUUUCUAUUUUGAACUAUUAAUGUAUCUGCAGUAUCAUUGACUGAAUAGUUAUUUUAGUACUUAUUUACGAUAAUUAUUCAUUAUACAUUUUUUAAUUACGUGAUUUAAACGGUAAUAUUACGAUUUGGUCAAUUGAGAUGGUUACUGAUUUACUAAUUAUUAAUUAGACAAUAUAGUUUUUUUUUGUAUAAACAUAAGAAAAUAAUUUACCAAGGCCAUUGGCUUUUAUUUUAAUUAUUCGUAAUCCAACAAUUUAGUAUUUAUUAUACACUGUGAUGACAUAAAACAUUGUGAUGUUAACAUUAAAAAAAAAGUAUUGGUUUUUAAAUGAUAUGUAGCUAUGUAAUAAAAUAUAAAUUAAUGUUUAUAGCGGAAUUAAGUUCUCAGUAGGUAAGUUCUAAUAUUACGUUUAAAUAAACUAUAGAUAUCUAAGUAUAUGCAUAAUAAUUAUAAGCAUGACAAUUAUAAUUAUUAUUGUUAUUCAGAAAUAUUUUACAUAGUUAUGUUUAAAUUCUACUUAUAAGCCACAUGAAUAAUAUUGUGUGUUUUUAUGUUAGUUGUAUUCUAUAAUACCUUAUACUACUUAUGUUAAACAAUUUUUUUUAUACAUUUUUUAUUUAUAUAAAUUAAUUUAAUUAUUAACUACUUAUUAUGGAUCUAUUAUAAAAAUACGUAAUUAAUUAUUUGUGUUAAUAUUUGAUAAGAUUGUCAAUGGUCAAAAUGAUCAUAAGAAAAUAAUAAUUAUGAAAUAUGUCAACUAAUAGAAUUAAUCGAAAAAAUGAAACACUUAAUGUCCAUUAGGAUUAACCAUCCAUGUACUUAUCAUUAUCUAUUAUAAUAUGUUAGAUAUCUAGUAUUUGAUAUUUAUUGUAAAUUAUAAUAACUAUUUAUUUAUCUUUCUA